AUGUUCGGCUGUGCACCUACGACGUCGAAUGUCGUUCUGGAACCGGCAUAUCGGACUCCAUUCCAUGAUGAAGCGUGCAAUAUGGAAGGAUUAGACGUUACGCAGCAGGUCAAUGCCCGGAGAAGGUCAGUCCGGGCUCGAAUUAUCGGGCUUGGCUUACUCCGGAGACCUGUGAUAGUGGGCAAGUUCGAGGCCGCCAUCAGCCAGCUCUGUGAUUCUAUCAUUGGAAGCACCCCAGACUGGUCUGAUGACAACUCAAAACGGCCACGAGUAUCGUUUCGCAGACUCCAGAGGCUGAAAGCAAGGCCAAAGAUUGCAGUCACAUACACGGCCAACGAAUUUCAAGGUAUCUAUCGUGGUAAGAAACAGCACGAUGAAGACUUUGACGAAGUUAUCAAGCGCGCCGAAGCGGUUGGUUGCUCCAAGAUCAUGCUGACAACCAUGACGAUGCAAGGAGCGCGACAGAAUCUCGAGGUCUGUACUCGCUGGCCGAAAACUUGCUACAUGACGAUUGGAGUCCAUCCCUACCAUGCUGCUGAGCUAUAUGAUGGUACGACCAGCCUGCAAGAGCUCGUGCACUUGAUGAAGUUGCUGAUGCCCAUGGAAAAAUCACCACUUGUGGCCUUCGGCGAGAUCGGUCUGGAUUACUUCUAUCUCGAGCGAGCUGGGAAGGACGUUCAGCAACGCGCUUUCCUGGACCAGCUGGAAAUUGCGACGACAUUCGAUCUUCCACUGUUCCUCCACGUCCGAGACGCAUACCAGGAUUUUGUCGAUCUCAUCCGACCCUACAUGUCCAAACUGCCACAGGGAGGCAUCAUCCACUCCUUCGUCGGGACGAAAGAGGAGAUGCUCGGUCUGGUCGACCUCGGUUUCGGCAUCAGCGUCAACGGCGUAAGCUUCAAGACCGCCGAACACCUCGACAUGGUCCGCGCUAUACCUCUGGAUAAACUACAAUUGGAGACGGAUGCGCCUUGGUGCGAGAUACCCGGGAGUGGACCGGUGAUAGAGUAUCUGAGUGAUGCACCGCCAUUACCGAUGAGUCGCAAGCCCGGGAAGUUUGUUAGGGGGCAGAUGGUCAAAGGUAGGAAUGAAAGUUGUGUAAUCGAGAGGGUAGCUAGGGUAGUCGCGGGUGUCAAGGGCAUUCCGCUAGAAGAGGUUGUUGCUGCUGCUUGGGGGAAUAGUGUUGAUAUGUUUGGGUUGGGUGUCAACGAGUGA